AAAUAAAUUGUCAUCGGAUUGUUGGAAACUAGUAAGAGAUUGCGUUUCCGAUCUUCUUCCCCAACACUCCUUCUGUACCUGCAAGUGUGAGAAACGAUGUCGUUCUGUUAUUCGCUAUCUACUCCACAAUUUGUUCCUUUCCUGUCCACAUCCAAGCCGGUUAACCGAGACAACAAACCGGCGGUUUUAUCCGUAAGAGCUACCGCCGAUGUACCUGAUUUCCUCUCCGCCGAUUGGCUUGAAUCGCGUAGGAAGAGACCAUUCGGCCCUAGGCUAAAUUUUAGUGCAGAAGAAGCUGUUCAGCACCAGCUUGAUGCAUUGAAGUACAAUGAUCAACCGCGUCCGGAUUACGGAAUUGAGGUUAUGUACAGGUUUGCCGGAUUUGAUCCUUUUGAGAGGUCAACUUACUUUGGACCAUUCUUUGAUUUGGGGCAGUUUGAGAGGUUUAGGCGGAUUUUUCACCAUUCGACUUAUCGAGUAUUGCUUGGUCAUAAUGAGAGAGAAAAUUUAAGCAGUUUGAUGGUGAAAGAGAACCGAUUCAAGCAGCGGGUUUGGAUACGGGGAAUUCGUCCAGAGGAAGAGGAAAUAUUUGAGUUUACCAUGGUUCAGAAAGUUGGUGGUUCAUGGGAUGGUUAUUGGCUUACAGAAUCGCUACAUCACGACAGAGAUGUUUUUGCCGGUGGUUUGGCCUAUUGAACAUCACAUGCUGUUAGAAAUGAGAUGAUAUAUUGCUUACCAUACUAUCAGGGAAGUUCUUUGUUUGCCGGUUCCUAGGCCCAGAAAUAUGUAGAUAUAUUGUAGUAAACUGUAGUUAUGUUUGUCAUUGUUGUAAAUAAAAGCUGUAUAUAUCCUUGGACAGGUUUGAACAAUUUAAGCUUCUCAUUGCAAUGGAUCUGCCAAAACCGAAUCAAAUCGAAUAAUUGAAUCGAA